AUGAGCGCCACCAAGCUUCCUAUUGAGACGUUUCUUAAUGCGCAACCACGUACAGUCCUUAUUCGACUCUAUGAAAAACCCGCCAGUUGCCUCGCUGUGUUCCGACUUUUGCCUAUGACUGCCCGUCAAAUUAUAAUGGACCUGGUGUUUCUGGACAAGCCACUUACUCUAGAAGAGUGUCAGCAACUUUUUCGUUCACAUAACGAUGAGGCAUACUCGGUGGCUUUAGAACGCAUGCAGCGACUGUCUAUCUUGAUGGUACGCGAUGAAACAUACAUGUACAUGAAUGAAGUGUUUCGACGUGGCAUCAUCGGUGCUAUGACAGGCAGUGGCGAUGUGUCUUCCUUUGGUAAGCUCUGUGAGCUAUCACCGGAAAACAUUGUGUCGACCGAGUUUCUUGACGGUUAUGCGCGGGCACAAUGGGAAACGAUUCUGUAUUUUAUGGUCGGAAGUGAGCAAACAACUGCACCACGUAAAACUGUUCUGUUUUUACUACAGCGAACGGGUCUCAUGCAGCGUGAUGCCACUGAUAAUGACAGCCUGAAUAUUACGUCGCUCGGCUUUCAGUUCCUUCUUCAAGACGUCAAUUCACAAUUAUGGGCAUUGUUGUUGCACUACUUGAGCAUGGCAGAGGAGCGCAACAUGGAUUUAGUAGAAGUGCUUGCUUUUUUCUUCACCGUGGGUGGACUCGAGGUGGGACGCGCCUACGAGACGCGCGGAUUCUCACAAACACAAAUUCAAACGCUCGAAGAGCUCGGAGACUACGGCCUCGUGUACAGGCCGACCAAAACGGCCAAAUACUUUUUUCCAACUCGUCUAGCCUCGACUCUUACCUCUACGGCCUCACCGAUGUUGUCACGACUCAACGAUCAAGAGGAACAGGGCUACUUGAUUCUCGAGACCAAUUACCGAGUGUAUGCCUACACGGCUAAUCUUCUUCGCAUUGCAAUCUUGAACUUGUUUGUCACGCUCAAAAGUCGACUUCCCAACCUGGUGAUCGGGCAAUUAACGCGACACAGCGUCAAGUCGGCCUUGAAAAAGGGCAUUACGGCGGACCAAAUUAUUGCAUACUUGACACAUCAUGCCCAUCCCCAAAUGUAUAAAAAUGAGCCGCUGCUCCCAAUAACCGUCUCUGAUCAGAUUCGACUGUGGGAGCGCGAGCAGAAUCGUGUUACAGCUGUGACUGGCAAUCUAUAUACUGAUUUUACCUCUUCGUUUGACUUCGUGCAAGUUCGCGACUAUGCCAAAAGUCUGGGUGUUCUUCAGUGGGAGAAUGAGCAGAAGCGCAUGUUAUUCGUCUCAGCUGAUGGACAUGAAGCGGUGCGAGACUUUAUUCAAAGGCGCCGCGUGUAG